UCCAUAUUGAAUUACUCCAUGACCGGAAGGACGUACCGUUACCCCAGUCAAGCAGAAAAUCUGUAUCCAUUCGGUUACGGUUUGUCCUACAGCACUUUCCUCUACUCUAAUCUCACCGUACCAGCCAAUGUGGAGGCGGGAGGGUACAUCAAUGGACAGGUCAUGGUAAAAAACACGGGAAGGUUUGACGCCGACGAGGUCGUUCAGAUCUAUGUGAGCUGGCAGAACCCUACGGUUCCUACUCCAGCUCUUCAGCUGGUUUCUUUCGGUCGGCUGACCGUUCCUCAAGGGGAGCAACUCUUGUACGAGUUCACUGUAGCAGCGGAUCAGAUCGGCGUGUGGCAUGAUGACCGAGGAUGGGUCGUCGAAAACGGUCAGAUUAACGUGUUUGCGGGAGGUCAGCAACCGAAUCAAGCCAGGAAUGUCGGUUCCAAUGUACUUGUGGCGGAAGUUCAGAUUAUCACGACGACAAAUCUAGGCAAAUUUUAA